UUGUUGCAUGCAUAACCCAUAUUAGUUCUUGAACAAAUAAUUAUGAUCGAGUCCAAGUGUUUGUAAAGUGUAUUCGAUAAGUGUGGAGUUAGAGUAACAUGAUAUUUUUGCAGAUAACCGAAAGGCGAAGCUCCCUCCUGCAGAGCCUCGAGCGAAUUCGAUGACAAGCAGUUCUGAGAUGUCGUGCAUGGAUCAAAGUUCCGAAGCAUCGAAGCCACCAAGAAGGAAUCGAUCUUCGGAUCCAUCAGACCCAGCUAGAAAGCAUCGUCGUCACAAAUCUGAGGACCCAAAGCUAUCAGAAACCUCCGAAACUCCUGGGAAGCACCGGCACCAUAGAUCAGAAGAAGAGAAGACACCGUCUUCUGAUUCCACAGAAACUUCUAGAAGGCAUCGCCGUGACCGUGACCGUGAGCAUCAUCAUGGAUCAGAAGAAGAGAAGCCACCAUUGUCAAAUUCCACGGAAUCUUCUAGAAAGCAAGAGGAAGAGAAGUCAGAGUCCAAAGAAUCUUCUAGAAGGCGUCGCCAUAAAUCAGAGGAAGAGAAGUCAGAAUCUUCUCGAAAACACAAUCGCCACCAGGGAACAGAAGAGGUGAAGUCACCAUCAUCAGAAUCAACAGAAUCUUAUAGAAAGCAAAAGGGAACAGAAGAAGUGAAGUCGCAGUCUUCGGAAUCCACAGAAUCUUCUAAGGUGCUGCUGUCAUCGGAAUCCAUAGAAUCUCCUAAGAAGCAAACGGAAGAAGUGAAGCCACCAUCAUCAGAUUCCAAAGAAUCUACUAGAAAACAUCGUCACCACAGGUCAGAAGAAGAGAAGUUGCAAUCAGAUUCUACAGAAUCUUCCAGAAGGCAUCAUCGCCGUGAAUCAGGAACAGAAGAAGAGAAGAUACAAACAGAUUCAACAGACACUUCUAGAAGGCAUCGUCGUCGUGAAUCUGGAACAGAAGAAGAGAAGUUUCAAUCAGAUUCCACGGAAACUUCUAGAAAGCAUCAUCAUCGUCAUCGUGAAUCUGGAACAGAAGAAGAGAAGUUCCAAUCAGAUUCCACGGAAACUUCUAGAAAGCAUCAUCAUCGUCCCCGUGAAUCUAGGACAGAAGAAGAGAAGCUCCAAUCAGAUUCCACAGAAACUUCUAGAAAGCAUCAUCAACGUCGCCCUGAAUCUGGGACAGAAGAAGAGAAGCUCCAAUCAGAUUCCACAGAAACUACUAGAAAGCAUCAUCAUCGUCGUCGUGAAUCUGGAACAGAAGAAGAGAAGUUCCAAUCAGAUUCCACGGAAACUUCUAGAAAGCAUCACCAUCGUCGCCGUGAAUCUGGAACAGACGAAGAGAAGCUACAAUCAGAUUCCACAGAAACUUCUAGAAGGCAUCGUCGCCGUGAAUCCGGAACAGAAGAAGAGAAGUUCCAUUCAGAUUCAACGGAAACUUCUAGAAGGCAUCACCGGGAAUCUGGAACAGAAGAAGAGAAGUUCCAAUCAGAUUCUACGGAAACUUCUAGAAAGCAUCACCAUCGUCGCCGUGAAUCUGGAACAGACGAAGAGAAGCUGCAAUCAGAUUCCACAGAAACUUCUAGAAGGCAUCGUCGCCGUGAAUCCGGAACAGAAGAAGAUAAGUUCCAAUCAGAUUCAACGGAAACUUCUAGAAGGCAUCACCGUGAAUCUGGAACAGAAGAAGAGAAACCACCAACAUCCUCAACAAGCAAAAGCUCGCAUAGGAGGAAGUCAAAAACAUCAUCGUCUGAGGAAAAGGAAGGCUCUUCAAGGAGAUCGUCGAAAAGUAAUAAGAGUUCUUCGAAGGAAGAGCUGAGUGAAUCUUUGCGCGACGUUGAACCAGAACCUGAAUCCUAACAUGAAAUGGGUACCACUACCAAUUAGAGAAAAUGAGUCGUAGGGGUCCAGAAGGUUAUUACUUGUUACUAAGUUUUUAGUUUGACAGAAAAAUGUCUUUAGAGACACAGAAAAAGAGAGAGAGUUUUCAGGGAGACAAAUUACAAUUGCUUUUGGCUAAUUAAUUUCUUGUUAUGAUAAUGUUUGAUUACUACUAGAG